AUCGUAAACUAUAAUCGGCGUCUCUCCGGACUCACACCUCAUCGAAAUUUGGCCAUCUCAUCUGGCUUCUUCCCCUCCGGCGUUGGAUAACCAUCAUUACUUCUCGCGCCGGCUUCGAGUGGAACAAUAUGGAUCCUCGUCAAUUCGAACACACCGUUGUUGCUGAUAAUGAUAUUCACAGCAUUGUUAUGUCAUAUCUUCUGCACAACUGCUUCAACGAAACUGCGGACUCACUUGCUUCUUCCACUGGAGUUAAGCAGCCUGCAAUUGAUCGUGAUAACAUGGAGAGAAGAAAACAAAUAAUACAUUUUAUACUGGAGAGGAAGGCGUUGAAGGCUUUUGAACUAACUGAACAACUAGCACAAGACUUGCUUGAGAAAAACAAGGAUUUGCAAUUCGAUCUUCUAUGCCUUCAUUUUGUGGAGCUAAUCUGUGCUGGGAACUGCACCGAAGCUCUCAAAUUUGGUAAGACAAGAUUGGCUCCUUUUGGGAAGGUCAAAAAAUAUGUAGAAAAGCUUGAAGACGUAAUGGCAUUGCUCGCUUAUGAAGACCCUGAGAAAUCCCCAAUGUUCCAUCUUUUGAGCUCUGAAUACCGCCAACAAGUUGCUGAUAAUCUGAACCGCACAAUUCUUGAACACACAAACCACCCGAGCUACACACCAAUGGAAAGGAUCAUACAACAGGUGACAGUUGUGAGACAAUACUUGACUGAGGAGAAUGGCAAAGUAAUCGUAGUAUUUCAGUAUUUUUACUCAUAUAUCUGAUUCGUUGUAGAAGCCCUGGGAAUAGUAGGUGCCUGUGUUUAAACGCUAUUUCAUGUCUUAUGAUAGGAUGCGUUUCCUCCAUUCUCUCUGAAGGAUUCUCUCAAAGGCUAAGAUCGCAGGACUACUCCAAAGUUUGCUAGGAGGAGGAUAUGCUAAGCAUUGUCAUGUAAAUACAAAAAGACCUUGCUCCUCUCUAAAGUUUGCAAGGUUAGUCUUCCAUGGCCACAGGCGGGGUUUCAGUUUGCUGUUACAGGAGAUCAAUAUUGUGAAGGACAGUUUCGGCUUGGUUUGGUUUGGUUUGGUUCAGUUCUCUACCAGAAGAUUGUUUCAUCAACUUUGUGUGAGUUUAGUCGAUAAAUCUGUAAUCCAUAUCUUUGGAAUACACAUUUCUCUUUGUAACUAUCGUUUAUGUUUUGAUAGAAUACUUGCAAAUUCAAGGUUUUAUUUUUAGACAUC